AUGCCCGAUGUAGAUUCCACCUUACGCCUGAUAGGUCAGUGGAAGUACAUCAUUACCACUGAUCUCACUAGUGCAUUCUACCAAAUUCCCCUUUCCAAAGAAUCGAUGAAAUAUUGUGGUGUUUCUACGCCAUACAGAGGAACUCGUGUUUACGUAUGUUCAGCUAUGGGCAUGCCUGGCUCAGAGACAGCAUUGGAGGAGCUAAUGUGCCGUGUUCUGGGCAAACUCCUACAAGCAGGAGCAGUUGCUAAAUUAGCUGAUGACUUAUAUUGUGAUGGAAUACUCCAGCUGAGCUGCUCGAUAAUUGGACAAAGUUAUUGUCAGCCCUUCACAAGAACAACCUCCGUCUCUUGGCUUCCAAGACUAUAGUCAACCCAAAAUCCAUGACGAUCCUGGGUUGGACUUGGUCACAAGGUACACUCUCAGCAAACCCACAUCGUAUAUCCCUGCUAUCCUCAUGUCACCCUCCAGAGAAAGUGAAACAGAUGUCAUCACUGCGCUUCCCUGAUCAGAUGUCCACAUACUACAGUUGAGCAGUCUACCACACCUUCCCCCGAGACAGUCGGAGUGUCCUUUGCUGCAGAUGUAAUUAAGCGCAAACGCAAACUAAUUUUGGUUCUCCGUGAAUGUAUUACGUCCUUUACCACAACGACAUUAAUUCAGGACGAACGUCACCAAUAUCUACGUGAUGCGUUAGUUCGUCUGUGUAUUGAAUUACGCCCUUUAGAUGGUCCCCCUGCUGUUAUUAGAACAGAUCCAGCCCCUGGUUUCAAGGCCUUAGUUAACGACCCACUUCUGCGUAGUGACCGCCUUUCCAUUGAAAUAGGUCGAGUGAAAAACAACAAUAAGUAUCCUGUGGCAGAAAGAGCUGUUGAAGAGCUGCAGAAUGAGCUUCUUCGACAAGAUCCCUCAGAUGGGUAUGUAUCACUAUUAGCCUUUCAACAGCUACUGCAAGCCUGA